AUGGCAUCAUGUGGUGGCCUUCGGCACAUCUUCGAGAAGGCGAUGCCCGAGAGCCCGGGUGAUCUCCUGCAGUCUUUUGCAUCAUGGAAACAUCUGCCUCCUCAUGAUGUGUCCUCUGUGACUGAGUUUUUUGGAGAGCUGCAUUUUAAGGAAAGUACUGAGCAUGUCUCACCUGUUGGUCCUUGCUUGGCUCCUUUGUCUUCGUCGUUCUUGAUAGAUUUUAAUACGCAGACAAAGAGCGAUGGCCUUAAGGAAGAGGGGAAUGAGAAGAACUAUACUCCACCUGUUGGAAAACAAUAUAAAGAUAGUACUAGUAGGUACUCUUCUAUGAAUUCAGAGAGUUUGUCUAUAUGUACAGAAGGUCUUGGCUUCGAAAGCUGUAAGGAUACAGAGGAGUUUGUUAGCAAUAGCGGUUUGAAGCAGCGCAAGGUGAGAAGCAGUGUGACAAAGCAUUCCUCAAGUGAGUACCUGUCAGGGAUGAGAUCAAGGAUAACUGGAGGAGAACUCCCUCCUCCGAUCUCUCGGAUAGGGAGAACUGGAAAGCCUGCGGUGAGCUUCACCUCUUUUAGGCAAAAUGGAAGAUUAGUUCUCAAGGAGGUUAAAAUGCCAGUCCAGGAAUCCUUGCAUGCAUGCAGAGAAGACGGGCGCUUAAAGCUGCAGUACAUUCAGUCAGAGGAUGAUGUCAUCCAGGAGAAUAAAGAGAAAGAGGAAAACAUCGAGGGUAAUGAAGAUUGGGAAGAUCAAAAUGCUUGUAACGGUGGAAAGAUAGUUGAAGACGAAGGCAUGACUGGAUAA